AUGGCGACAGCUUUAGUUUCCAGACUCACCAAAGGACGUUCGUUGCUUGGAGGUCUUACCAAUGCUUUAUCUGGUUUGAUGAGUUCAUCCACUGGAAUGAUGAACGGAAGCAUCCUCUCUCAGCAACAAAGGACGUUCAUUCAAAUGGGAACGGUACUCAACGUGGUGGAUAACUCGGGUGCAAAGAAGGUGGUGUGCAUCCAAUCUCUAAGGGGAAAGAAAGGAGCAAGACUUGGCGAUAUCAUCAUCGGUUCAGUGAAAGAGGGCUUACCAGAAAAGAAAGUGAAGAAAGGAAAAGAGAAAGACGGCGCCGUACCAAUAGGUAAAAAGUUCAACUGGAAAGAUGACAUACCAAAAGGUAAAGUGCACAAAGGGAACGUCGUGUACGGUGUGGUUGUGCGCGCUAAGAUGCAGAAAGGGCGUGUUGAUGGAAGCCAAGUGUGUUUUGAUGACAACGCCAUCGUUAUUUUAGGAAUUAAGGGACGCAAGAAUAAGUAUGAGAAUGGUUUCUACCAACCGAUUGGUACUCGUGUGUUUGGUCCUGUCCCGCACGAGCUGCGCCAAAGGAAACAGCUCAAGAUCCUUGCCUUGGCUCAGGACCUUGUUUGAGACUAUACACACCACUAUUGC